GCCUAUGCCUUUCUCACCGCUUAGAUUCUUCUCCCACCUCGUUACCCUCAAGGUCUUACUUAGUUCACUUCCUCCUUAAGCUGCCCGCGAUGCCCCAGGCUGACUGUCCUCGGAGCAGCAGGAAGUCCUGCCACACUCCGGCCCACCACAGCUCUGUGGGCCCUUACGGUUCUGUCGUCGCCCCUGGGUGGCCUGGACGGCGACUCCUUGCCUACUCUCCCUUGGCGCCCAGACCACCUCACCCAGCUCUCUAUCUCCUGGAGGACUCCAGCUCCUUCUGCCCCCCACACCUCUAACUCUGCCACCCCUGGGGUGCCUCCUUGAGCCCCCAACCGGCUUGGAUCUCCCGUUCGUGCUACACGCUUGAAGCCCGCAGAGGUUUCCUCCUGGCGUAGUCCCGGGCUCCACGUUCAGCUGUGUCAUUGUCUGCGGGCCGUCGGUCCCCUUGUGGGAACGUGCGCGGGAGGCCCGGACCCUGUCUCUGCCCUCCGUGUCCCCACGCGCGCCGGGCACCAAUAGGUGCCCCGGCGGGUCAUGAGCGAGCGUCUUCCCGGCGCCCAAACCAGGCCGGGAGGCAGCGCCCGCGCCCUGCCGCCUCCCCGGGACCUCGCGGCGCCCUUCGCUCCCCGGCGCGGCGCCGGAAGCUGCCGGGCCGGGCCCUCCCCGCGGGCGCCCGCCGCCUUAUCUCGGCGCCUCGGGGCCGCAGGCGGAGCGGCAGCGCGCCGGGAGCGAGGCGGCGGCGGCAUGGGCCGGGGGCCCCGGGGCGCGAGCCGCCCGCCUCGCCGCCUGCUCCCGCUCCUGCUGCUGCUCGGCCUGGCCCGCGGCGCCGCAGCAGCGCCGGGCGCGGACGAUGUCUGUGCUACUUGCCAUGAACAUGCUACCUGCAAGCAAAGAGACGGGAAGAAGAUGUGCAUUUGCAAAUACGGAUUUGUGGGCAAUGGGAGGACUCAGUGUAAUGAUAAAAAUGAGUGCCAGUUUGGAGCCACCGUGGUCUGUGGGAACCACACAUCUUGCCACAACACGCUCGGAGGCUUUUACUGCAUUUGCUUAGAAGGGUAUCGAGCCACAAACAACAACAAGACAUUCAUUCCCAAUGAUGGCACCUUUUGCACAGAUGUAGAUGAGUGUGAGGUUUCCGGCCUGUGCAGGCAAGGAGGACGGUGUGUGAACACUUACGGCAGCUUUGAAUGCUACUGUUUGGAUGGAUACUUACCAAAGAGCGGGCCCGAGCCUUUCCACCCGACCAGAGAUGCCACAUCAUGCACAGAAAUAGACUGUGGUGCCCCUCCUGAAGUCCCAGAUGGUUAUAUCAUAGGAAAUUAUACCUCUAGGCUUGGCAGCCAGGUUCGUUAUGCCUGCAAAGAAGGAUUUCUCAGUGAUUCAGAAGAUACAGUUUCAAGCUGCACAGCCUUGGGCACAUGGGAGUCCCCCAAAUUAAAUUGCCAAGAGAUCAACUGUGGCUACCCUCCGGAAGUGCAGCAUGCGGUCCUGGUGGGGAAUCCCAGCUCCAGCCUGGGCAGUGUGGCUCACUACGUCUGUCAAGAGGGCUUUGAGAGCCCUGGAGGAAAGAUCACUUCUGUUUGUACAGAGAAAGGCACCUGGAGAGAAAGUACUUUGAUGUGCACAGAAAUAAUUACAGAAAUUAAUGAUGUAUCUGUGUUUAAUAACACCUGUGUGAGGUGGCAAGUAAAUCCAGGAAGAAUAAACUCCAGGAUUGUCUAUGUGAUACACAUAAAAGGACAGCGCCUGGACACUGUGGCAUCAGUUCAUGAGGAGACAGUCAACUUGACCACAGCCAGCAGGACCCCAGAAGUGUGCCUAGACCUGUACCAAGGCACCAACUACACCAUGAGCAUUUCCACGGCCCCUCCUACACACUCUGUGCCGGCCGUCAUUGGGUUCCAGACAGCAGAAGAAGACCUCUUAGGAGAUGAUGGAAUGUUCAAUAUUUCAAUAUUUAAUGAAACUUGUUUGAAACUGAACAGGCACUCUAGGAAGGUUGGAUCAGAACAAGUGUACCAAUUUAAAGUUCUGGGUCAAAGGUGGUAUCUGAGUAAUUUUUAUCACUCAACAUCAUUUAACUUCACAACGAGGGAACAAGCUCCUGUCGUAUGUUUGGAUCUGUAUCCAGCCACUGAUUACACAGUGACUAUCACCCUGCUGGGAUCCCCCAGGCAGCACUCAGCCCAAAUAAUGAUGACAACUGCCCCAGCAGUAAAACAGACCAUUGGUAACAUUUCAAUAUUUAAUGAAACCUGCUUGAGAUGGAGAAGCAUGAAGACAGCUGACACAGAGGAGAUGUAUUUAUUCCACGUUCAGGGCCAGCGAUGGUAUCAGAAGGAAUUUGUCCAGGAAAUGACCUUUAAUAUCACUACCAGCAGCCGGGCUCCAGAGAUGUGCUUGGACCUGCGCGCAGGGACCAACUACAGUGUCGGCAUCCAGGCUUUGUCCUCUGGACUUCCUGCAGUCAUCUCCCUGACAACCCAGAUAACAGAGCCUCCCCUCCCGGAAGUGGACUUCUUCACAGUGAAUGGAGGGCCCCUACCACGCCUGAGACUGAGGAAAGCCACAGAGGAAAAUGGACCUAUCAGUUCUUAUCAGGUGUUAGUACUUCCCCUGGCUCUCCAAAGCACAUUUGCUUGUGACUCUGAAGGGGCCACCUCAUUCUUCAGCAACACUUCUGAUGCUGAUGGAUACGUGACUGCAGAACUACUGGCCAGAGAUGUUCCAGAUGAUAUGGAGAUAUCUAUCGGAGACAGGCUGUACUAUGGGAGAUAUUAUAAUGCACCCUUGAAAACAGGGAAUGAUUACUGCAUUAUCUUACGAGUGACAAGUGAAUGGAAUCAGGUGAGAAGAAGCACGUGUGCAGUUUGGGCUCAGGUGAAAGAUUUCAUACCCUUGAGGGGAGGGCAUUUGAAGAGCUGCAGCAGUGCCCAGCACACAGUAGAUUCGUCGCUCACGCUGCAGCAGAUGGUGGGCGCUGGCCUGGGCUCUGUGGCGGUUGUGAUCGUUCUGGCAUUCCUCUCCUUCUCAGCAGUGUGAUGGGCACUACAUGGGGAGGAUGCGGCGCUACGGGGGCAGGUGUUCUGACAGCCUCUUGGGUGCCUGCACAGAGACCUCAUGGGACUCUCAUCCAGGCAUGUGUGUGGGUCUGCAGCCUUCUCCAUUCCCAGCCUGGCCCCGUUUCUGGAUUCAAGACUGUGACUAUUUCUGUGGAAUCCCUCACAAGGUGGAAACUCAGGAAUUGCUGACAUCUUCCCUGCUUCGUGACCAGUUCUGUGUCUGUGGGCUUGAGACCCUUGAUAUGCAAUGUCAUACUGACCCAGACUACAGAUCACACGGGCUGGGCCAGUGUCUUCCCUGAGUGAUGCCUGAGAGCACCUCUAGACCUUAAGUGUAAGAGAGCCUCUGCAUCUUCCUUUAUAGCAUCUCUGUUAAUUAAUUCAAAAUCCAUUCUUUUACAAUAAGCAAUGAGAGGGACUUAAGUUUGGGCUAGAAUUUGACUUUCUGAAGAAGGUCAUAGAAGAGGAUAGAGAUCACGAACAGAGACAAACUGUCAAACACCUUUGAGCAGCCAUUUUCCUACAGUUAGUUGACAUACCAACUGGAAGUGUGUGAGCCUGGCCUCUCCGCUAAGUUGCCUGCCAUGUCUGGUAGGCACCAUUGCUUUGAUACACUUCUGUUUGUCUUAUAGCUAUUCAAAAGCCCUAAAGUCACUCCAGUAAACAUAUUCUGUUACUUUAGACAUUUGUCUGUUCCACAGGAAUGUUUGUAGCAGCUUGAGUGAUUUUUUAUUAUGAGUGUCUCCUAAAAAUGCUCUGUGCCUCCCUUUAUGUUCGGUGCUCAUAUUGGGUUGAAAUGAUCUCAAGCCCGUGGCCAGAGUCCAUGUGUUUACAGGGGAGGGGGAACAAUGUGGGUGACACAGUCAUCCCUUUAAUCUACAACGUCAGUAACUCUGUGACUUUAUCAUGAGCCAUGACACAUUAGUUGUAAGCAAUACUGGGCCUACUGUCAAUAUGCUGAGUUUACAGGUGGAGCGUGUUAGGUCUGACUGUUAAGGCCUGAAUCUGUAUUCUUUAACUUCCCUCCCUAACCAACAGUGUACCAACAGUGUUACUCCGAGGCUCAGUUAGAAACAAAUGCAGAAGAAACACAGAGGCUGUGGCUUCUCUAAGUAACCGCAUUCCCCUCCCUCUACUCCCUCCCUUUCUGGGCCCAGACAAUAAAAAGCAUGGGGGGUUUGCGGGGAACAGUUCUCUUGCACAACCCCAGCGUCUAGCAUAUAUGAACCUGGUCCUGGAAUUGUGCAACAUCACGGUCCUGGGGAAGAGGAAUGGUCCUUCUGCCACGGUGGGCUGGUGUGCUCUUCACCAGCAGACUGGGCAUCGAGGAGGGGCAGAUGUGGGCAGCCUGGGCUUGUGGGCAGAUGAGGAGAGAGCAGGAACCGGUGGAAACUGUCUAUGAAGCUGGCCCAAAGUGCAUCCACCCAACUGGGAAGAGUCAGGGGAGGGAAGUGAUGCCUGACCCUUGGGUGCUCAGUGCCAGCCCCGGGCCCCUGCCAGUACUGGGCAGUAUUGGGAAUAACUGUCCUUUUCCUCUGAGAUACUACCUCAGACUACAAAUUACGAUCUGCAUUUAGAACCCUUCCUGCUCUCAGGUGAACUACAGAGUAGAGCUCUCAGUAGACUAAUACAAACAACUUUCUACUUUUGAUUUUUAUGUACAACAAUUCAAACUCAUACUGUUUUCUCUUGAAUUAAACUUGGAAUCUUACAAGUUAUUGUGAUUAAAUAUUGGAUAGGGUGUCUGAUGAAUAAGGCUUUUCCUCAAAGCCUCUUCUCUCCAAAGAGGGAAUCUGGGCCUUUCCUUCUUCUCUUAUGAACUGGUUCUGUAAAUACCAUGUGUUUCUAUAGCCUCCCUAAUUUCUAGCUCUGGAAUUAACUGCCAAAGAAGCUACAGUUGUCCACAUGGAACUUAGCAUAAUUGUCAUUGAAGGGAAGAAAUGCCACUCGCUUAACAUCAAAAUUUUAUGGUUAAAAUAACUGAUUAAAUGUUAAGUAAUAAGUAAAACAUACUUCUGGGUACAAUGCAGAAAUGUAAAAACAGUUCAUGAAAUCAGAGUACCAAAAUAGCAAAAAACAUGGACUUUGUCACUGCCUCUAAAUGUUCCAAAUUUCAGAGCUUUUGUUCAGCAUUAAUACUUAACAGGAGCAGGCAAGAAGCAUUUGCAAAAAGGAUGUCCCAUUUUUCUGCAGUUCUUUUCUAAUUUCCUCAUAAACAUGAAGGCAGCUUUACAUUCUCUGAGCUCACAUGGUAGAUUUAUAACAAUGCUGUUCUUUUUUUCCAAGUGGAUUCUUGAUUAAGGUGGGGAGAGAGCCUCCCAGGAGACCAAGAAUGGGUCUCCCUGGGAGGGCACAGGGUCCUUCCAUUGAAGGUCUGAUCAGGUAGCACUCUGAGUUGGAUUAUGAGUACCACUAAAUAUAGCUAGAUCCUAAGGUGGGGUUAGAGGAAGGAUCUUCUCCCUGGUACCUGUCUUGGAGACAAGCAUGUAGAGGUGAGCACAAGGAUCCAGUCUUAAGCUCCCUUCUAGAUUAGGAUUCAAAACUGGGGAGUUGCCCAGAGUGUUCCCUGGCUGGUUUUGUGUGUACCCACAGUUUUUAUUUAUAUCCACCACAGUUUCUGUUUGUACACGUUCUUCCAUUCCAUUCACACAACAGUUCUGUGUGCUGGGAAGGUUCGGUUUAUCUCUUUCCCCAUGUUAGAAUGGGGAGGUGGGGGUCAGACAGACAUGUGACUUGAAUUGUGGAGCCAAAGCUGACUGCAAGUCUAGUUCUUAUUCCUGGGAUUUGAUAGGCGUUGAGCAAAUCUUUGGACAGCUCUUUUGGUUCUUGGGAAAUUGAGUCCUUCACAUUUCGUACAUACUUAUAUAUUCAACCAUUGCCUAUACUGUUAUAGCACAUGUGUCUUUUUAUAUCUCUCUUCACUGUGAAGUUCCUCCUCCCAUCACUUCUAAAAGGAGCCACAACCAACCAAACCAAUCGAUGGAAGUUAAUUAGGGGGAAUAAGUACUAGUCCAUCUCUGGCUCAAGACCACCUGAAAUUGCAGCUGGGCACUUAAGAUUUAAGACCAGAGCAGAAGUUAUUAUCUUGAAAUUCUACAUUAGCUUAAAGUUAAUAUUUAAAUAGAUUUUUAAAGAAGUUAAAAAGAAAUUCUCAAUGUUCCCUUUUUAUUGCUAACCUCAUAUUCUUAUUUUCUAAGCCUUCUGUUUUUUCAUUCUAUUCAUCUAAGAGAAAACUGAUGGUAGUAGUAGUCAAUCAAAUAAUGUUUUAAGGACCUUUUGCCUACCACACCAUUGCUGGUAUGUGAUUAAAUUGAAGUUCCUGAUUUUGGAGAGGAAAGAGGGUGUUGCUUUUUCUGUGCCCUGGCUCGUGGGCCUGUGAUCCAAUGAAGCAAAUCAUGUGAAAAAGCAGUGUAUGCUCAUGUUUUUCAGAGAGAGAGAGAGAGAGAGAAAGAGAAUGAAUCAUUUUCGUGAUGUAUGUGUGUACCACAUCCAUGUUUCCAUAUUCAUACAUUCUUAGCACAGCUCAGGGUUGCCAAAAUGGGUCAAACUAUGCAUGUCGUUUUGUAACAUGCUGCUUUCGUUCAUCAGCAUAUCCUGGACACAUUUUUUAUGUCAGGAAUGACUGCAUUAAAUCUCAUAUCCUAAUUUAUUUGACCAAUACUCUGUUGUGUGUUGUGCAUUUGGAGUGUUUCCAGAUGUUUACUACUUUCAUACAAGUCUGUAUAAUUAUACGCAAUUGUCAAGUAGGCAACUAUUCCUGGAAGUGAAAUUGUUGGAAUGAAUUGUUGGAAUGAAAACUACUACAUACAUUUUAUGCUGACCACAUAAUGUCAGAAGAACCUCAGAGAAACUUUAUGCCAGUUUACAUGCACCAACAGAAAACCUCAACACCAUAUGGCAUUGUUGAUACCUUUAAUCUGGCAGGUGAAAGUGAUGUUUCAGUGUUUUGUUGGCAUUUCUCUGACUACUUUGCAUAUUGAUCCGUCAUUUAUAAUUCUGUCUUGGUGAAUUGCCUUUUUUCCCAGCCCAGGAUUGUUUGUCUUUUGUUGAUUUGAAAAAGUACUCUGUAUUGUAGUAAUUUUCACUUGUAACUGUCAUAUAUUUCAUGAACAAAUUUUCUAGUUAAUCCUUCAGUUCUUUUUUGACUUUGUUUGAGUCAUAUGUUGUCACACAAAAACCUUAAAUUUGUAUUGUCAAAUUUAUCAGUCGUUUUCCUUCAUAUUUUGCUUUUGGUGCCAUGCUUAGAAGGACCCUCCAAUUUCAAGGUAAUAAAUAUAACUCAGCAAUGAAACAUUUAAAUCUUUAAUCCAUCUGAAAUUUAUUUUAGCAUAAGGUGUGAGGUUUGGCGGGAUCUGUUUUGUUGCUAAAUGGUUUCAGCCUGUUGUCCUGCUAAUAGUCAGUGACUGGUAUUUUUUCCCUUUGGGAUUUGAAUCAUAGACUAAAGUAUAUUUCUGAAAAUUUUUCUUGUUCUUCCAACCUAUUUCUGGGCUCAUACUAUCUGCUGUAACUUUAAAUUAAGAAAAAAUACCAAUUAAAAGUACCACCUUUUUCCUGUUAA